UAGCAUGCGCUACCUAUAAGUUUAAUUUUCACAACGUGAAAAUAUUCUGGUUAACCGUCGUAGGUUGUUAGGCAACAAGGUAAACAAGUAAGAGAGAAGCUGUGAAAAAUCAAAGCAAACAAUAAAUAAACAUUGAAGAGAUAAACAAGAGAAAUGGCUGCAGUCACUGCCCAAAGUCCCACCAGUAUGAGUCGUGCAAAGGAAUGGAGCCCGGAGGCCGAGGAGGCCUGGAGAUUCCAGGUAGCUGGUUAUAGAGAUGAACUUGACUACAAAAAUAACAAGAAGAAUAAUUAUGACAAGCAGGUAGAUAGAUGGCCACACAACGGCUAUGUGAAGAAGUUGCAACGAAAAGAUGGGUGCUGGUAUUACUACAGUAAAGGGAGAGAACUCUUGGACAAAGAUAUACCAAAAUGCAAACUCUAUGUCUACUGAAUCCCGUACAAUAUAGCACCAUUGUUCAUAAAAUCAUUUUGCCAUUUAGUUUAUGUUUGUUUGUUUUAUUUCUGUCAAAUGAAUAUACACAGUUAAGCAGCCUACCUUUGUUUUUUGUAAACAGAAAGGGGGAAAAUCAAAAAAUAUAUAUAAUAUACAGUAUGCUUUAUAGAGGUGGAAAGAAAGAACAAUCUGUUAUAUUUAUUUGCCUUAUUCAUUGAUGAAUGAUUGAUGUGUAUGGAAAAUUUAAUCAACAAACUGUGCUAAGUUUAAAAGGUUUUAACUGUUAGAAAGGGACUCUACAGUGAAUAUUUUUUUGUAUAUGUACAGUAAACAUUUGUGCCUCAUAACUGUAAAAAUGGUUACCAUGAUAACAAUUCAUCUAUUUUUUGGGAGACAAGAUAUUUUAACAAAAUUUAUUGAAAACCAGUAUAUAAGUAAAAUGUAAUGUCUGCUUUCUUUUUCAAAUCUUUCUUUUUUAUUUUUUUUUGUUUAAAUUAACAAGUCAGAUGGUUUUUAAUUUAGGCUUACACAUAUAUUUCAUAUUGUCUGGGACUGAGACAUAAAAUGAACAUUCGUUUGUGUCCGGUGGCAGUUAUUAUGUUUGGAAUUCAUAACUUUGUAUAAAUUUGCUUGAAUGGUUACAACAUUAUUUUCCAUAGUCACCCUUCAUUUUUUUAUGCAUUAUUUCCCUUACAUUUAUAUUAUAAUCAAAUGUGUUAUUUUUGUGUUCACUGUUUUUAGAUGGUACAUGUAUUUAACAGGUUGUUUUAAGGUACAUGUGUCCUGUAUCCAGAUCUAAUCUGCUGUUAAAACUACCCUUAACUUAUAUAUUCAAAUGGCUGCAAAAUAUUUUUUUUAUAAAUUUUAAUUAUAUACUAAUGUGAAUAAACUAGCCAUGUAGUAAAAUGUAUGAUUAGAAUAAUUAAGUAUUUAGGGCCUGCAGGGCCGGCAGAAUUUGAUAUUGUCCGUUUAUGUCUGAAGCAUUUCUUCUUAAUAGCCUAUGAUAUUUUAUGAAAACUUCUUCUGAAAACCUAAGCAAAACGGACUUUUGAUUUUGCCGCCCUAAAGAAAUGUCGAUCUGUGUCACAGUCUGCAAUCUUGCCAUUGGUCAGUUUUCAAAUUUGAGCACUUUGGGGCAGCCAAUCAGAUUGUUUAGCUUAAAAACCGGAUCUCAGUGUCGUUUGCAUCUUGUAUAAUCAAGGUUAAAUCGUUACUUUAGUGCAGGAACGGGUUAACUCUUAUUAAAUUUUAUAAGAAGUUAACCCGUUACUGAAAUAACGAAUGCAUGAAGGUCCUAAUAACUUUUUUUCCGAUUCUUGUGUAACUCUAUGGUGGUGAUAACAUUAAUUUUCCAUAUAUUUCUGUUGAAUGAAUGUGAAUAAGUAACUGGUAAUUAUCAGUGGGUGUCACUUAUUUCCAUAACAGCGAUAAAGAAGUAUAUUUUCUAUUUACAUUUUUCUUUACUAUCUUAUAGAAAGGGAGAGAAGUUAGACUCGAUUGUUGUCUUAGUGUGGGUUAAAUUUCAUUUAGAAAUAACUGCACGUACUAAAUUUGUGAUAAAUUAUAUAUUUGUAUAUUCCUGAGUGCUGGAUGCACUGCCACGAAAAUUGUGCACAUUUUGAUUUUCGUAUUUAUUCUCCAAUCUAACUGCAAUGUGUUUUAAUUCCUUGUAUUUUUUCCAGAAUUUUGCCAGAGGAAAAUAUGCACGAAAUUAUAUUUUUGACUUAAUAAAUGUCAGUUUAAAAUGGU